GGCGGGGUCUGGACCAGCAGGCGCGGCGUUUGCGAACUAAGGUCGGAGUUCUGCACCGGCGGGGGCGGGGCUCUGCGUGGCCGGGGCGGGCUCGGGAUCCGCGGGGCGACUCCUGGUCUGGCCUGGGCAGGCUGCCCGGGCCGUGGCAGGAAGCCGGAAGCAGCCGCGGCCCCAGUUCGGGAGACAUGGCGGGCGUUAAAGCUCUUGUGGCAUUAUCCUUCAGUGGGGCUAUUGGACUGACUUUUCUUAUGCUGGGAUGUGCCUUAGAGGAUUAUGGCGUUUACUGGCCCUUAUUCGUCCUGAUUUUCCACGCCAUCUCCCCCAUCCCCCAUUUCAUUGCCAAAAGAGUCACCUAUGACUCAGACGCAACCAGUAGUGCCUGUCGGGAACUGGCAUAUUUCUUCACUACUGGAAUUGUUGUUUCUGCCUUUGGAUUUCCUGUUAUUCUUGCUCGUGUGGCUGUGGUAAGUUUUGUUUUCUAUUGUUUUGCUCAACUGUUGCUGAGUUUACUUCAGAGGCCUCUGUCUGGGACCUCCAUUUCACGUUCAUUACUUAGGCUUUAUACUCAAGGCCGUGUAUUUUUAGUUUCUCUGUUCUUCUACUUUAGACCUGCCUAUCAGUAGUUCGGCCAUGCUUUCAGAGUGCUUUCUUUAUUUCUCUUACAACUUUUAGCCAGACGAUAUGAUUUCUUACUUUUUCUACUUUAAGCUAUUCUCUGCAAUUGUUCUUAAAUUCCUGCCUCUUAAAUCUUACAGUAAUCCACAGAUACUAUGCUAGCAGUACUUUUCUAGUUGCAAGAUGAAGAUAUUUCAAAUUCUUCUCCUGCAAAUGGGAUCAUGGACUCAACUCUCAACUCAGUAUAAUAGGUAUAUGUUGAGGGACAACUGUGUAGCUUCCCGAAAAUGCAGUGAAUAAGUUGGCAUCUUCACUUCCAAGAUAAAAACUUUCUUUUUGUCUUCAAAGUACACAUUGUAGGUAUAAUUUAUUCAAUUAUUUGGUGUUCACUGUCUUUCCUACUAUUUGAUUUUGUUCCCUCCAAUUACAUUCUAUUUUAAUUUUAUGAAACUCUUAUUUGAGGCAUUGAAUAUCAGAUAAGCUCAAGUCUUCUUCAUUCAAUAAAUAUCUUUGGAACAACUGCUAUUUGUAAAACACCAGAAUUAAGAAAUAGGUACUGUCUCUGCUCCUAAGGAACACAGAAACUAGCUUGCUGGGUAAGUAUACUAUAAGUGUACUUAUAAGUAUUGUAAGUUGAAGCAUGAUCAGAAUGCCAUAUGGGCACCAAGAAGAGAGAAAUUCCAACUGGCAUUUGAUAUGGGCCUCUAAGGAUAAAUAGCAUUUGCAUUAAGGUAGGAUGGCUGUUGUAUGGAAUGACAUUCAAGUGUAAGAAUGCAGUAUAUAGAAUAAAGAAGAGUCCAGUGUGGUAGAGCUAAAAGAAAGUUGUUGAGGUUAAGGCUGGAAGGGUUGUGAAACCUGAUUAGCAACAGUCUUGAACCCCAUGCCAGUUUGAUCUUUGUCUAGAUAAUGGGGAAAGAUUGCAGAUUUUUGAAUACAACAAGAUUGUCAUGACUUUAUUCUUCUUAUGCUUUAGACCAGCCCUUCUUAAGAGCUGCAGUAAAUAUUUAUAUUUUUUCCUUUCAAUACUGCCAUCAUGUUUUGUGAAGAAACUUUCAUUGAUGUUUCUAUUGGUUAAAGUAAAACAAAAAAUGCCCACUAGAGGGUACUCUCACCCCCAAAUGUGCUUCUGUAAAACCAUCUACAAACCAUCUACCAAGCUGGAAAGCAGUUUUCAAAGUCUUUUCUUGCCUAGAAAAGAAACAAACAAAUUCAUAACUCUACAAUUUUUAUUUUCCAUGAAAGAAGUUGAUGUGUGCAGAACUUUCAGUACCCAGUAUUGUAAUUGCACUAUUUAUAAUCUUACCACUUGAGUUUUACUUAAGGCAAUCAUUGUCAAUUAAAAACAAGUAGAGAAAUAUGUCUAAUUGGGAACAUGUUAAGGAUGAUACCAGACUUAAUUAACAAGCAUCACAGAAGUAAUUAGACUCAUUACUGAACAGUUCAUUAUCUCCUGUUACAUUAUUAAGCCUUUUAGCAGCUUUGUGUAAUAUUUCAUUGGAUGUUUCUAAUGCAGAAAAUAAUAGGGAUUGCAAAGAGUACAAUAUGAAGGAAGUAAGGAUUUAAUCCUUCUUUUCUUGUCUUUCAGAUCAAAUGGGGAGCCUGUGGCCUUGUGUUGGCAGGCAAUGCAGUCAUUUUCCUUACAAUUCAAGGGUUUUUCCUUAUAUUUGGAAGAGGAGAUGAUUUUAGCUGGGAGCAGUGGUAGCACUUUAUUCUGAUUACAGUGCAUUGAAUUUCUUAGAACUCAUACUAUCUGUAUACAUGUGCACAUGCAGCAUUUUACUAUGAAAUUUAAUAUGCUGGGUUUUUUAAUACCUUUAUAUCACGUUCACUUUAAGGAAGACUUCAUAAGUAAAAGAUGAGUUUUAUUCUCAGCAAAUAGACCUGUCAAAUUUAGAUUAUGUUACUCAAAUUAUGUUACUUGUUUGGCUGUUCAUGUAGUCAUGGUGCUCUCAGAAAAUAUAUUAACCCAGUCUUGUAGACAGCUGCCACCUUAUGCAGUGCAUCUAAACCUUUUGCUUGGGGAUGUGCUUGGAGAGGCAGAUAACACUGAAGCCGGUCUCUCAUGGCCCAGGAAGGCCGGGGUGGAUCCCUCUUUGUGUUGUAGUCCAUGCUAUUCAAAGUGUGGCCCACAGACCAAGAGCCUCAACAUUUCCUAGGGCCUUAUUAGAAAUGCAGAAUCUGAAGCCCCACUCUGGACCCAGGGCAUUUUGAUGAGAUCCAAAGGAGUUGUAUGCACAUGAAAGUUUGAGAAGCAUCGUCAUAGAGAAGUAAACAUCACACCAAACUUCCUUAUCUUUCCAGUGGCUAAACCACUUAACCUCUCUGGGUGUUUAUCUGCUCAUUUGUUUUAAAAAAAAAAAAAGUCUCACCUGCUUUCAUGCUGAGAACAAGUUCACAUGUUCAAGCCUAUAAUAUUUAGGCUGUUCCUCAAAUUUAUAAAAAGUGUUCUCAGAAUUGGGAGACAGUCAAAGGGUACAAAGCCUCAGGAGGAAUAAGUGUGAUUUUUUUUUUUAAGACCACUUGCAUAACAUGCUAAAUAUAGGAAUAAUUGAAUGUAUAUUUCAAUAUUGCUAAGAGAGUAAAUUUCUAAUGUUCUCAUAAAAACGUUAAAUAUUUGAGAUCAUAUGUUAGUGUAAUCAUUCCACCUUAUAUUCAAAAAUCAUAACACCAUAUUGUACCCUGUAAAAAUAUACAAUAAUUUGUCAAUGUAUAAUCAAAAUAAAAAACAAAACAUACUCCCUCCCCCAAAAAAAACUUCUCAGCGGGGAACAGAUAUAUCUUUUCAUCUGAAAGACAAUGCUGGGGGAAGAGCUCCACUGAAAUGCAGGCAGGGAGGCUGGGCUGGAGCCAGCCCCUGCGUUAGCAGGAGGGGGAGAAUAGAUAGCUAACGCUUUUACAUUUCCUUUAAGAUCUGGCGCUUCUCCCCAGCUCCUUCCCUCUGCCCCCCACCCCUACUCCUCAACAGUUCUGGUUUGCCCUGACUUCUCUACAGCUCUGGCUUCUUCCUGAAGAGAUAUAGGAGCCAUGUAAGCACGCAGUGGGUGAACUGCUUAAUUUUACUACAUGUUGAUGUACUUAUUGUCUUCCAUCCUGUAGGUCUUUUCUAUAUAACUUUAUGCCACCCUUAAAUGAAUCAUUGGGUAUACAUGUCAUGUUGGAUCCUGUAAUCACAGUUUUCCCUGCUCACCUUUUUGUCUAAGAUCUAUUGAGAAAGGGAAAUAUGGGAAGGAGAACCAUUUGAUCAGAAUACAACCAAUAGUCUUUAAGCAUUGUUAAAGUAUGAAACUGAAAUACAUUCAAAACACUUAAUCCUUGAGGCUUGCGACCUGAGUAAUUAGCGGGUAUGAUGCUGGGACCGGAAAAUAGAAAGUAAUAACUAAAGGGUUAAUGUGCAACGUUAUUUUUUGGCCUUGUGCAUGAUUUUACGUUUUCAGUGUCCUGUGUACAUAUAGAAUUGUUAAAGUUGUUAUUUCCAAUAUAUAAUUAGAAAAAUUAUUUAGAUACUUCAUAAUUUUAACCAGCAUUUUUAAUGAUGACACUUGCAUUUAUUGUAUUGUAAUAAAUUUCACUUUUAACUUUAAAA